AAAACCCCUCCUCCUCUCUUCCCCAGGAGACCUCUCCUCUGUCUCUCCCCUCCUUUUUCCACUUUCCAAGACAACGCACCAACAAAAGCGUCGCCCCUCUUCCUCCUCCUCCUCCACCUCCAUUGCUGCGCCCUCUCCCUCUCCCUCUCGCCUCCCUAGGCCACUCACUCCCCAAAACACCACCAACCUCCUUUCCUCUCUCUCUCUUCUUGAGUUCUUGAAUCAAUGCGUUCUUGAGUUCUUGAAUCAAUACCAGUAUCACUUGUGCUAAUAGUACUAGAGGAGGAGGUGUUGUUUCUUGCGAUCUUGGGUUGAUUGAUAUGGGUGUUCUUUGCUUCGGCGCUUCCAACAUCCUCCUCUGCGCGGAGGACAGCAGCAGCGUGCUUGGCCUGGGCGGCUUUGGCGGCGGCGGCGGCGAGGUGGCGGCGGAGCUGGGGUGCGGCGGCGGUGGCGGCUUUGAUUUCUUUGGCUUCGGUGGUGGUGCUGUGUUCCCCAUCGACUCCGAUGAGUUCGUGGCGUUGUUGGUGGAGAAGGAGAUGGAUCAUCAGCCUCAGCGGGGGUAUCUGGAGAAGCUGGAGCUCGGUGGAUUGGAGUGUUCUUGGAGGAAAGAUGCCAUUGAUUGGAUUUGCAAGGUCCAUUCCUACUACAACUUUGGACCACUCAGCCUUUACCUCGCAGUGAACUACCUGGAUAGGUUCCUCUCCUCGUUUAAUCUCCCUCAUGACGAAUCUUGGAUGCAACAGUUGCUGUCAGUUAGUUGUCUAUCUCUUGCUACGAAGAUGGAGGAGACCGUGGUCCCUCUUCCCAUGGACCUUCAGGUUUUUGAUGCGGAAUAUGUGUUUGAAGCAAGGCAUAUUAAGAGGAUGGAGCUUAUUGUGAUGAAAACCCUGAAAUGGAGGCUGCAAGCUGUGACCCCAUUCUCUUUCAUCGGCUACUUCCUGGACAAGUUCAAUGAAGGGAAGCCGCCGAGCUACACGCUGGCAUCAUGGUGCUCUGAUCUCACAGUGGGCACUCUGAAAGACUCUAGGUUCUUGUCAUUCAGACCUUCUGAGAUUGCGGCCGCAGUGGUGUUAGCUGUGCUUGCUGAGAAUCAGUUUCUUGUCUUCAACAGUGCCCUUGGAGAAUCUGAAAUCCCUGUAAAUAAGGAGAUGGUUAUGAGAUGCUAUGAGCUGAUGGUAGAGAAGGCAUUGGUGAAGAAGAUAAGGAACAGCAAUGCAAGCUCUUCAGUUCCACACAGCCCGAUCACCGUGUUGGACGCGGCGUGCUUCAGUUUUAGGAGUGAUGACACAACACUAGGAUCAUCACAGUCAAACAGCAACAACAAAGAUUACAACAGCCAGGACUCUGCUCCUGCUUCCAAGAGGAGGAGAUUAAACACAACACCAAUCUGAUAACUGUACAUACAUAACUUGGCAUUGCUUUGCAAUUGUUCAUUCAGUGAGCAACUCAUCAGGGUAGCAAGUAGUGGUGCAUGGCGAGCAUCAUCAUAACAAGCAAGGAUGAAAGUGAGCAGUAAUAAGCUAGUAUCAGCUUCUUGAACUCUGGAUGAAGAGAGAAAGGGUGUGUUUUGAGGAGAGGAGGAAGUCUUCUUCCUCUUGCAGUUUUGUUCCCCUUUCCUCCUGCUUCUAUUUAUCUUUUUCUUCCCCUUCUCUGAGCAGAGAAAUCUUUGUGGAUAUGAGAUUGGAGAUGUGAGGAUGUGAGAGAAAAUCAACAAAAAGAA